AUGAUUAAUAUUAUGACAAAGCCCAAUCUAAACUCUGUCAGCACUUUGGCUACAGCAAUAUAUUCCUUGGCUGAGUUGCUUGGCAACAUAGGAAACAAUGCUACGCAUGCGCAUUCCUGUCACGACGCCACCCCCAAAGUUUUUAUCACUCGCAAAGAGAGCGCGGAAACGCCGAGCCAUUUCAUUCAUCCGUUAUCAUUUGUAGACACCCCUGUACACUUUUUCAGGACUCUAAUAAUAUUGUGGCGGAUCUUCACGAAAUUGAUUUAAUCUUUGGAUAUUCAUUUUUCACCAUUCCAAGACUAAGUCAGCAAUAAAUCAGAAUGGGGGCCAACAUGUUCUACCUGGCUGUAACACUUUUCUGUGUGUUGGGAGGAGCAUUCCUUGUCAAAGCCGACGGAGAAGCAACCACCCCCACGCCAGCUCCAACUAUCGCAACAGAAAUGACGACAGAUGGCGUUUCCACUUCUGGCAUUUCCACUUCUGGCAAUUCAAGUUCUGGCUCGACUGGAAAUAUGACAACCAGCAUGGUAACUGAAGCUGCAGGGAUUACCAGUGGUGGAGGGAAUGUGCAAUGCCUGGUUUGUACAGGAGACAUGGAUAGUACCUGUAACAGUGAUGAACCUGUCAGCUCUAUGACCGGUAUCGUAAGGGUGGAUACAUGCCGAUCUUGCAGGGUGAACAAAGUUGAUGGUGGAAAGGACACAAACAUCACAGCGAUCUCACGGCUAUGUAACAUGACUGACGCCUGUCCAUCGGACCUCGCUGACCCAAUGGAUUUCCGAUGCAACGAGGCCGCCUCCAUCCGUGCCUGUGAAUGGUGCUGUGUCGGUAAUAGCUGCAACAACUUUAAUCGCAACGGCGGCAACGCCCUGGUGGCAGGGCUGGUCAUCGACGGCUGGUCAACCAACAAACUACUCUACGUUGUCAUGUCCGCGAUGGCGGUAUCGAUGUCCAUCCCAACCAUGGGGUAA